AUGUAUAUUCCUUUGGAGAGUUUCUAUCCACACAUAUCUAUCUAUCUAUCUAUCUAUCUAUCUAUCUAUCUAUGUCUAGCCAACUGUGUAGCAUGUGAACUCUCAAUAAUUUACGAUUUUCUUACGCUGUCAAUCAUUGCUUGCAACAAAAAUUAUUUUCUAUCUAUCUAUCUAUCUAUCUAUCUAUCUAUCUAUCUAUCUUCUAUCUAUCUAUAUUUCUCAUGUUGUCUGCCGCAUCCCAGACCUGACGAGGAGUUUUUUGCGCUAAAACAGCAGGUCUUCCUCCCGAUCCAUUUCAAAACUAAUGCCGGCAAACGGUUAGCGGCUUUUUGUUGUCGCACAAAUCAAACGAGCAAACGCUUCAUUGCAGCUCCUUGCAUUCUCAUCGCCGGCAUCCCGUGCCUUCGGCAUCAACUUCUAUUCGCAUUCUUACACAGCAUUUCUACGACCCUUCAAAUGGCUCCUACACGACCAACAUCCACACGUCAGCAACUGAAGUUCCCUAAUACCGUUAACGUUACACAUGCAGAACAGGCGACUGCGGAAGAGCACAUAAUAACUCCGGUUACAGAUGAUCAUAUAGGGUCUACUUCAACCUCUGCUUUGCACUCUUCUGCGUGCCGUGGCGAUGACCAACCCGGCAGCUCUGCAAAGGUUGCAAAAAAAUCCAGGCUAGGCAACCUUAGCGGGCAUUCUAAAAAAGCCUCACCGGCUAAGGUGAAACGGUGCGCCUCCUUGGAGGAGAAGCGGCUAGCGUCUGCUUCAACCUCUGCUUUGCACACUUCUGAGUGCCGGGGCGAUGACCGACCAGGCAGCUUUGCUAAGCGUGCCAAAAUACCAUGGCGAGACAACCUUAGCAGGCGUUCUAAAAGAGCCUCUGCGUCAAAGAGAAAGCGGGAGGAGGAAACUGAGAGCCCGCAUCAAAAAGCUACUCGCAAUGCAGCCGACGGCGCUGCAAUUUCCAUUCGACGGUCCCAGGAGACCACGGCUGAGAAAACCGCAAGUAACGCAGCGAAAGCUGCAGCAACGUUCAUUCGACGGUCCCAGGAAUCCAUGGCUGAGACAACCGCACGCCAUGUAGCCGACGCCUCUGUAACUUUUGCUGCAAGGGCGUCGGAAAUUUCCACGCAAAAGCCCACAAGGUGGCAACGCGAUGCAAUUUUCAACUUCCGCUACGAAAGCUGUAGAAGGACCUACUGA